CCAGGCUUUGCGGGCCAGUUCCCGCGGCCUGCCCCCCUGUUGCUGUCUCCCAUCUGCCCAGUGAGCUGCUUAUCAGGUAAUUAGAGCCCUCAGCAACGUCCACGCCUGAAACAGGAAGCCCUGCUGGGCCUGCAUAGGAGCCACCACCACUGAGAAUCCGCCUUGAGGAUGGAGGAGCAGCAGGCGCUGGUGGCCUCCAAGGACGGAGAUGUAGCCACCUUGGAGCGGCUGUUCGAGGCAGGUGCCCUGAGCCCAGGCAUCACUGAUGAGUUGGGGGCCGGCCUGGUGCAUCAUGCCACCCGGGCUGGCCACCUGGACUGUGUCAAGUUCCUGGUGCAGAGAGCCAAGCUGCCGGGCAACCAGCAGGCACACAACGGGGCCACACCAGUGCACGAUGCGGCGGCCACUGGCAACCUGGCGGAGCUGUGCUGGCUGGUCCGUGACGGGGGCUGCGGGCUGCAGGACCAAGACGCCUCAGGCGUCUCCCCGCUACACCUGGCUGCCAGGUUUGGCCAUCCGGCUCUGGUGGAGUGGCUUCUCCUGGAGGGCCAUGCGGCCACGCUGGAGACGCUGGAGGGGGCCUUGCCUCUGCACCAUGCUGCCGUCAGUGGCGACCUGACCUGUGUGAAGCUCCUGACAGCUGCCCACGGCAGUGGUGUGAACCAGCAGACCCUCAGCGGCGCCUCUCCACUCUACCUGGCCUGCCAAGAGGGCCACCUGCAUCUGGCACAGUUCCUGGUGAAAGACUGCGGGGCCGACGUGCGCCUGCGUGCCCUGGAUGGCAUGAGCUCGCUGCACGCUGCAGCUGCCCGCGGCCACUACUCUCUGGUUGUCUGGCUGGUCACAUUCACAGACAUCGGCCUGACAGCACGGGACAACGAAGGAGCCACUGCCCUGCACUUCGCAGCCCGCGGUGGCCACACACCUGUUCUUGACCGGCUGCUGCUCAUGGGUGCCCCCAUCGAGAGAGACUCCUGGGGAGGAACUCCCCUGCACGACGCAGCUGAGAACGGGCACGUGGAGUGCUGCCAGACCCUGCUCUCCCACCGCGUAGACCCCUUCCUGCGGGAUGAGGAUGGCUAUACACCAAUGGACCUGGCAGACUAUCACGGACACCAAGAUUGCGCCCAGUACCUGAGGGAAAUGACUCGACCGGUGCCACCAGUCCUGAUGACACCCCCACCCCCGCCGUUUCCACCUCCUCCACUGUUGACGGAAAGGCUCUCCAUGGAGGAUGGAAGGAGAGUGGACUCAGGACUCAGGAGUCCCCCGUCUGUAACUCUCAGCCCAGCCUGUCCUGCUCAGCCUGUGCCAAGGGAGCCAAUGGCCUGUGCAGCCCCUCUGAGGGUGACCACCAGUCUCCCAGCUGCCCUUAAGGGGCCUGGGAUGGAAGCCCAGGACUCCAGUGACGGCCUGGCCACUCUGCUGCUGGAUGGGUUGCCUUCAGGAGACCUAGACGUGCUGGUACCCACUCAGGACGAGCAUGGCCGACCCAUCCCCGAGUGGAAGCGGCAGGUGAUGGUUCGGAAGCUGCAGGCACGCCUGGGUGCAGACCAUCUACCAGAAGAUCAGGAUCAGAGUCAGAGCCGAAAUUCAGGUCCCACGCCCGCAGAACAGGCGACUUGGAGGUAUUCGCAGACGCACCAGGCCAUCCUGGGCCCCUUUGGGGAGCUGCUGACAGAGGACGACCUGGUCUACCUGGAGAAGCAGAUCAACGACCUGCAGCUCCGGCGCCGCUGCCAGGAGUACGAGAGCGAGCUGGGCCGGUUGGCAGCGCAGCUGCAAGCCCUCCUGCCCGAGCCCCUGGUCAGCAUCACUGUCAACAGUCACUUUCUACCCCGGGCUCCAGGCCUGGAAGACGAGGAAGCCCAGGCUCUGGUACCAGAACUCGAAGCCUCGGUGGAGCCUGGGAAGGCCAAGCCCAGCGGGCAGCCGCUGCCCUUCUGGUGCAGCCACAUCGGUCGCCUGGUGCGCAGUAUGUCCCUGCUGCUGAAGGGCAUGAAUGGGCUAGCGCAAGGAGAGGAGAAAGCGCCUGCACGGGACCCACGGGACCCACGGGACCCGGGCAAGGAGGCCACCAUGGUCGGCCCACUUCGAAGCGAGGCUCAGCGUGAGAUCCAGGAGUGCGGGGUGUCGGUGAGGACGCUACGGGGGAACUUCGAGUCUGCCCGGCAUCUGCCCUGCGCCUCAAACUCAGGUCCCUGUGAGAUGGGGGCUCAGCGCGGCCAGUGUCUUCGAGGCUGCUGGUCAGCGCCUCCACAGCCCCAAGGCGACCCGAUGGGCGGGGAGCCCCGGCCGGGCGACACGGAGGAGGCCAGCGAUUCUGGCAUCAGCUGCGAGGAGGCCGCAUCAGAGGCUGGCGUGGGGCCGGGCUUGGACCUGGCCAGUCUGCGCAAGGAGCGUAUCGUCAUGCUGUUCCUCGGCCACUGGAAGAAGUCCGCCUACACGCCCGCGCUCAAGACCGCCGCCUGCAGGACCUUGGAGGCCCAGCGUGCGCGAUCCAGGGGCGCCGAGGCCACCGGUAGCCCCCGGCCACCCUCCCCGCCGCCCAGCGACGGCCCCCGGCUCAGCCACCUGUGGCAGCAGCGCGGCAUCAUCACCCACCUGCUGGGCACCUGGAAGGCCAUCAUGGCGCACGUGCCGGCCCGGCAACUGCGGAGGCUGAGCCGCAGGGCGCGCGGACCCCUGUCCCCAGAGCAGUUCUUGCCGCACGUGGACGGGGCGCCGGUACCCUACAACAGCCUCUCGCUGGACCUCUUCAUGCUCGGCUACUUCCAGCUCCUGGAAUGCGACCUGCCGGCCGAGGAGCGCAAGAUGCGCCACCUGCUGUGCUUCGAGGUCUUCGAGAACCUGGGUGCGCACGGCUGGGAGGCUGUGCGCGCCUUCCACAAGGCGGUGACCGACGAGGUGGCCGCGGGCCGCCGUACCUGGACUGACGGCUUCGAGGACAUCAAAGCCCGCUUCUUUGGCUCCAGCCAGGGUCCAGCCUGGGACAUGGAGCCUGGACGCAAACUGGGCCUGACACCACUAGGGUCCUUGCCCCACACUGCCCUCCCGGACAGUGGCUCCAAACCUGUCGCCCCGAAGCUUGGGUCUGACUCCCAGCGGGGCAGCUUCAACAGCGGGGACAUCUGUGGCUACAUCGACCGCAGCUUCGCCUUCUGGAAGGCAAAAGAGGCUGAAAUGUUUAAUUUUGGAGAAUGACAGUUCUGGUGAAUGGAAUUCUGGGGUUGGGGAUAGGAUAUGGGUUUCCUCUUUUUCAUUGUCUGCGCCCCCUGGGGGUCAGAUGAAGUAGGCAUGGUGUUGGCUGACUCCAGUCUGUCUCCACGGAGGUCAGAGAUCUCUUAAGCCACGGUGUCCAUCUCAUCUGAGCAGUGACUUCAGCGUCAAAAUUCUUGUCCUUUGUGAGCACGGGGUUCAGGUCCUCAGGAGGCCGUGUGGGUGCGGUGGCCCAGUAGUCAAGGAGCUGGCAUCACGGUACCAGGGUCCCCCUGCCAGUCCUGGUUCCAGCAGUCACCUUGAUACCUGGAUGUCCCACUCCUGUUUCCAUGGGGCAAUCACAGCAACAGCCUCUGUACAUCUCCCUUUGGGCCUCGGUCCUGGGCCUGCCUCUGCUUCUGCUUCUCUUCCCCUGACAACCUCCUCUGUAAAACCGGAGAGGGGCGCUGUGUCUAGAGUGAACAGUCUCUGGCAGGAGUGGGGAGGAGGGCAGGAGGUGACCCCCAGGCCCCAAGGCAGACAAGUGCCCUUGCCCUGACUCUCCCGCUGGUCGGUCAUGUAAGCAAGGCUCUCCUCUGGUACUGCCAGAUUCCCUGAGGGAAGGUUCCCGGUUAGGCCUUUGUCUGUCAACUGCUCAGCCCCUCCCAGAUCCUCAGCUGGAGGCAGUGACAGGGCCACAGGUGUCCCUAGGAGCUGGGAUACCAAGCCUAUCCACCAAGAGGUGAGGAGUUCUCUGAGCAGAGAGGUUGGCACCCUCUGGAGGUAAAUUGAGCUUCUGAACUUGGGAAUAGCAUACAGCAAGGGUGGGACACACUGAGGGUGCUCGUGUGUUCAUUUGGGUGUUGCCCACAUAAUGUUGUUUUCCACUUAGGUAUAGAGAGAGGAGCCAAACACCCCUGGGGAUUCCAGAUACCGUAGAGAACCACAGGAGUCAGGUGCUAGAGAAGGGGCCUUCAGACGGCUGUUAGAACGGCUCAUCUUCAACUUCGGUGGCAUACGGGAUGAGGCACCGCCCAGCUCGUGAACCCAUGGGGAUUCAGGAAUAGGGGUUUUGUGAGGAGACCCCAACAGGCCCUGCGAAAGGGAUCUGCAGCCAAGCCCCCUUGGAGCAAAGGAUGCCCAAUGGGACCGGCCAUCGCCAAGAGUCUCCUGCAGUGUCCCUGCAUCACCACUGGGGGGAGCAGGGAGCCCUAACCUUGGGGCUCUUGGAUAGAUAGGCUGUUGGCUGGAACAGAGCCUGCACAGACUCAAGACUAGGUAGAGGUCCCACGGAAAGGGACCUCCAAGGAGAUAAAAUUGGUGUGAAUAAUGGGUGUUGGUGCCGGAAGAGCCACAGAGGUCAGUAGCAAAGGUCCUGGCUACAAGUUGCCUCCAGCCCUGGGACCUGCUCUGAGGUGACUGGUGGUUCCCCCUACCCAGCCCUUAGCUGAAGCUGGAUGUGUGUUUGCUAAAUAAAGUUCCUGUUCCUGGCUGGCGCACACUUGCUUAUCACUCCAGUCCCUGGGAAAGCUGCCUGUGCCCCCAGAGCCUGGCCACUGAGUGGACACUCAGAGCAGCUGCCACGUCAGGGAAGCUAUCAACCCCAAGAGGAUCCAGUGUCCUCCCUACAUCAUGGGAUCAGGGAUGUGGUGCUGAUACUGGCUUGCCCAGCCUAGGUCCUGGUGGGAUUGAAGGGUUGGUGGAUGAGGGCUUCUGCCCAGAGACUCCCCAUAAACUCAGAUGCUCACUAGCCUGUGGUAUUCCAUGAGCAGACACUAGUA